UAGAAAAUCAGCUGAAAUUACUUAUAUUCAGUGCCUCUCUCCUGUCCUGUGUUUCUCUCUGAGUAGGGAUUCUUUGGCGCCAACGAUGACCUCGCAAUCCCCUCCGACGACGGCGUUUUUAACGCGCGCUACUCUCUCGAUCUUCACUCGCCGCCCGUGGCGGGAGUUCCUUUCCCGUUCGUCAUUCGCGCGGCCCAUGUCCUUCGGCGAGGCCACCGCCCGUAUGAAGCGGAACCUCAACUACUUCCGAGUGAACUACGCCAUGAUAAUCCUGGUAAUCCUCUUCCUCAGCCUCCUGUGGCACCCGAUUUCCAUGAUCGUCUUCUUGGUCGUCUUCGUCGCCUGGUUCUUCCUCUACUUCUUCCGCGACAAUCCCCUGGUCAUCCUCAACCGUCGGAUCGACGACCGUAUCGUGCUGGCGAUCCUCGCCGUGAUUACGAUUGUAGCCCUAGUUCUGACCGACGUUUGGCUGAACGUGUUGGUUUCCGUUUCGAUCGGGGCUCUUAUAGUGGCUCUACACGCUGCGUUUAGGGGAACGGAGGAUCUGUACUACGACGAACUUGACGGUUCCGAGGGUGGACUGCUUUCGGUUGUCGGCAGCCCCAUUGGAGCUGGAUACACCCGCGUUUAGACCCAAAUCGUUAAAUUUCAUACUGAUACAUUCAUUACUUUAGUAUUCAUUUUUUUUCUUCA